UCGUGGGAGGCGACCGCAGGAGACGGCGCGGUGUGCACCUGCCUGUACGGCCCGAUGAGGCAGCGGCGGCGGCCGGGACGCACUACGACUGCCGCGGGUCGGCCUUCCGAAGCCGACUCCCUCACCGCUUGGAGCUCCCCUGCCCCGUACUGCCACUUCGGCCUUCUUCUCCAACUCCGACGGCCUUCAUCUUCAACGCCGGUGACCCACUGUCAGAUUCCUCCUCUACGUUUCCCCUCAGCUAAUUUGGUGCCUCCUCUCUGCUAUCUCUGUCUCUCCGAAGCCCUGAAUUGAAGACCCCCUACAAUAGAGCAGCAGAUUGACUGGUUGAGCACCUUUGACGCCAGCUUCUUCCCUGCUUCGUGGGUUCUGAAAAUGGCCGGAUCACGGCUGUUCCGGCGCAGCAGGUGUCCUGUGGCAACACUGCUGCCGAUUGUGCUCAAUGAUCAAGGCAUAGUCGAUAGCCUUACUGAAAAUAAUCAGAGAAGCAUGUGGGCUAGCAGAAGGAUAGGGGAGGACAAACAACUCUACUUAGUCCAUGUUCAGGGCACUGCUGGCAUCGGUCACCCAACCACGCUGGUUGUCAAGAAGUUCCAGAACUCGGACGGAAUAGUGGAUGGUAAUCUGGAGAACUGCUGCAAGUCGGAGAUGUUCCUGUUAGCCAGCAUCCGUCACGACAACAUCGUCAACAUCCUACACUUCAUCCAGAGGGAAAAUGCAAUCAUGCUUUUUUACACGUACCAGGUGAACGGCAGCCUUGACCAGUGGUUGCAGCGGCGGGAGGAGGGCGACCUGCCGCUGAGCUGGCCGCAGAGGAAGGCCAUCGCCAUUGGAGUGGCCCAAGGGCUCUGCCACUUGCACCAUGGAUGCAAUAGACCGAUUGUCCACCACAACAUCACCUCUAUCAACAUCCUGCUCGAUCAGAAUUUCAAGGCCGUGAUAGCCAGUUUUGGUGCUGCCCAGAUGAACAUGGCCGGGCUGAACCAACCAUUGCCUAUCGUGGGGACUUUGUUUGGUAACUUUGGGUAUGCAGCUCCAGAAUAUGGGAGGGCUGCAAGCCAGCUGACGUUGAAGGUAGACACAUACAGCUUUGGUGUGGUGCUGCUGGAGCUCAUCACAGGGCGGGUGGCCAAUGGGGUGGAUGGUCAGUUGGCCAUAUGGGCUCGUGACAACUGCAGUGAGCUGAUGGCAAAGAAGCUGGAAUGGUUCAAGAUUGCUGUGGACAAGGGCAUCCCAGAUCAAGCACGGUACAUGGAGGAGAUGGCGACCGUAUUCAGACUGGGUGUGGAUUGCACUGUCGAUGAUCCGCAGCAAAGGCCGUCCAUGCAGAUGGCUCUCAAACGACUCCGCCACGGCUGUGGGCGUGGACGAUUCGGUGGCCUUCUCACCUGCUAUAACCUGUAAGGCCGCUGGCUAAGCCAAGUUCCUUAGUUACUUUUAAAAAAGGAAAAAGUAAAGGCCUUCCCUACUGUUCAUGUGAAAUGAAACACCCCUGAUUGC